AUGUCGGAGAAGGCGCCUCUCGUACCCAGCGAGUCCUAUGGGACGGCAACAUCACCGCGCUGCCCAUAUGCCGGUCGCUGCUCUGUCGGAAGGCGUGUCGCCAAGGUCUUCAGCCUUGCCGCCGUCGCCGGACUGUUGUAUUAUGGUCUUCCUCAAGCUCAAAAGCAUUUCGGCGCAGAGAAGUCUGCCAAGUUGUGCAUGACUCCAGCUUGUGUCCACGCAGCUUCGGAGAUAUUGUACAAUCUCUCUCCCAACUACAAGGACCUCGACCCUUGCAACGACUUCGAGGAGCUUGUGUGCGGCGGAUGGCGUGACCGCCACGACCUCCGGUCCGACCAAGGCGAUGCCUUCACCGGCACUAUCAUGUCAGAGAACUCGGAGCUCCUUCUACGCCACAUUCUUGAGGCCCCCUAUCCCAAGGAUUCCAAACACUCGUCCUUCUCCCCUAUGAAGCUAUUUGCCAACGAUAAGGAUGCGGACGAGGAGAACUUCGACAAAAUGAAGGCUGCGUAUGAUGCUUGUCUCGACGAGGACAAGAUCAAGAGCAUUGGUGUCGAGCCUCUUGCACAACUCUUGGACCAGAUCAAGCAAGCAUAUCCGCUCAAGGCCGCCGCAAAGGUCGACGACCCUAGCCCAAUCAAGGACACUAUCCUUCUCCUCGCCAAGUAUGGUGUUGAUGCCUUCAUCGCCACUGGCACAGGCGCAGAUGACCGGGACCCUGACACAGUUGUUGUCUCUGUCGCGCCUCCAUGGAACCUUGGACUUCCCUCCAAGGAGCGUUAUGAAGAUGAGAAGUUGGUCGAGAAAUACCGAGGCGUUGCAGUUGAGGUGCUUGGAAAUCUCUAUCCCGACAACAACAAGGACAACUUCGCCAAGGUCAUCGAUCUCGAGAAGCUCCUGGCCGCUGCUUCUCCCAGCACUGAAGAGCGUGAGGAUGUCACUAAAUACUACAACCCUAUGUUGAUUGAUGAGGCUGCUGCCCUCACUCCCGAGAUCGAGCUCACAGCUCUGAUCCACGAGUUGUCUCCUGAUAACUUUGUUGUUGAGCGGGUCAUUGUAAUGGCCCCCAAGUAUAUGACGGAGCUCGCCACCAUCUUGUCUGAGACCGACAAGGAAGUCAUCCAGAACUACUUCAUCUGGAAGGCUAUCCAGUCCUUCUCCUCCUACGUUGACGCUGAUGCUGUCAAGCCGUACCGACGAUUUGUCAAUGAGCUUGCUGGCAAGGACCCCGAGUCUGCUCCUGAGAGAUGGCGCACCUGCGUUGGCCACGUUGACGAUGGCUUGGGCUGGAUUCUUAGUCGAUUCUUCGUCGAAAAGGCGUUCUCUGAAAAGGCUAAAAAAUUUGGUGACACCAUCAUCACUGAUAUCAAGACGGAGUUCACCAAGAAGCUCAAGGCCACUAAGUGGAUGGACAAGGAAACCACCAAGAAGGCCAUUGACAAGGUUCACAACAUCAUCCAGAAGAUUGGUUACCCAACCAGCAGCCCCGACAUUAUGGAUCCCCCAAGCCUGAACAAGUUUUACGACUCAGUUGAGGUCAACUCCGAUACUUUCUUCAAGAAUGCCUUGGCUGUCCGCAACUUUGCAGUCGGCUACGAGUGGUCCGCCCUGGGCAAGCCUGUUGACAGGGAGCAAUGGGGCAUGACUGUUCCGACUGUCAACGCUUACUACAACCCUCCGGGCAAUGAGAUUGUCUUCCCCGCCGGUAUCAUGCAGUUCCCAGUCUUUGAUGUCGAGGUCCCUGCCUAUAUGUCUUAUGGCGCUUUUGGUUCUGUUGCCGGGCAUGAACUGUCCCACGCCUUUGACUCCACUGGACGCCACUACGACCAAAAUGGCAACUACACGGAUUGGUGGUCCAACUCUACCGUCGAGGCGUUCCAAGAGCGCGCAGAGUGCUUCAUUAAGCAGUACUCCGACUUCACAGUCCCAGGCCCUGAUGAUAAGCCCCUUCACGUAAACGGACGUCUGACGCUUGGCGAGAACAUUGCCGACGCUGGCGGUCUCUCCGCGUCCUUCCAGGCCUGGAAGCGCCGCGCCCAUGAGAAGCCUAACAAGGAUCUGCCUGGUCUUGAGCACUUUACUCAGGAACAGCUCUUCUUUGUCACAUACUCCAACUGGUGGUGCGGCAAGUCGCGCAAGGACACCGCUAUCAACCGCAUCUAUACUGACCCUCAUGCUCCCAAGUGGGCCCGUAUUCUUGGCACUAUGGCAAACAGUCGGGAGUUCAAGGAUAGCUUCCAAUGCAAGGACAAGAAGCCGGCUUGCGAGCUGUGGUAA